GGUAAUAACAGCAAAUAAUAACAAAAUAUAAAAAAUAUUUCGGUCGCAAUUUCAAGUCAAACAUUUUAGUGAAAAUAAAUUACCAUUUAAAACUACAAAAAAUAGUUGUCUUUAAUAAUCAGUUAAAAAAUUUAAUUUACGGCAAAUAAAGGAAGUGCAAUGAGAUACAUUCGUUGUGUUGGACGAAAACUACAUGGCACAAACCUAGUUAAUAAUACGUUCAAAACCACAUAUCCAACAAACAUUUUGAAUAAACCCAGAAAUGAGGUAGCCGUAGUCGUUAUUGGCGCAGGACUUGCCGGUCUGUCAGCUGCGAAUCAUUUAAUUAAAAAUGGUUUCAAACAAACAAUAGUACUGGAGGCUACUGAUCGUUAUGGUGGACGUAUAAUUUCCAAGCAAUUCGGUGAUGCUUAUUGCGAAUUGGGCGCGAAAUUUGUGCCCAUAAACGCAAAAGAUGAUACGGUCUACAACAUACUGCAAAGCAUGAGAGGGCUACCGAAAAAAGUAAUACCAAACAAAGACAAAUUGUAUAUAAAUGCAUUUGGAGAAAAAGUUGAUCGGAAACUACCCGAGUUAAUAGAUAGACUCUACAAGCGGCUUUGUUCACAUAUACAGUUGGAUGAAAAAUACAGAACUGGCGCAAUGGAUGACUUAAAUAAUUUACACACAUAUUUUCAAGCUGAAAAAUCAAGAUUAAUAACAUCGGUUUUUAAUGGAGACGAACGGAAAACUGCAAAUGAAAUAUUCAAUUCACUAAUCAAAGAGUUUGGCAGCCUUUUAGGUUGCUCGCUGGAAUAUGUUAAUAUUGAACAUAUAACAAAGUUGAAAAAUGGUGUCAAUUUUGGCAACUACAUUUACAUACCUACUGGCUUAGACAACAUAUUACAUGUCUUAACGAAAAAUCUCUGCAAUACGCAGUUAAGGAUUGGCAAGCCGGUUGGUGAAAUCAAUUGGUAUAUACCGCCAGAAAUUGGUGGAAAACGUGUUGCUUGCUUAGAUGGUGAUGUAUUUCGCGCAGAUCACAUAAUUUGCACAGUGCCAUUGGGUGUACUUAAAAUCUUUUCUGAAAAUAUGUUCAGACCGUCAUUACCAAGCAACAAAAUAAAUUCCAUAAAAAAACUUGGGUUUGGAAGUCCAGUAAAAAUUUAUUUUGAAUACGAGGGAAAUAUAGACAGCUGGCUGAAGAGUAGUUUGCGGCCAUUAUGGCAAGCUGAUGGUACUAAUUCAGAUAUGACAUGGACGAAACAAGUUGUCGAGAUAUCGAAAUUACCAAAAAGCAAUAGAGUGGUAGAAGUAAUUAUUGGUGGUGAAUUUUACGAAAAAAUUGAGAAAUUACCAGAUAUGGAAGUGCUAACCGAAAUUACAAAUCUAUUGCGUACACUGUUGAAAAAUCAAAAUAUUCCUUAUCCUUCUACGAUCUUGCGUUCUAAUUGGAGUUCACUGGCAUGCUAUUUGGGUGGUCGUCCUUAUUUUUCCACUGGUAGCACAAUAAAUGACGUUUUAACACUGGCCGAGCCGGUGGGACCCAUGUCAAGUCUACUUUUUGCUGGCGAUGCAACCAUAGUAGAAGGCUUUGGUACUGUAGAUGGUGCGCAUAAGAGUGGCAUUAGAGAGGCGCAACGCAUAAUCGAUCACUACAAAAAACACGAGGCUGUUUAAUUAAAACCAUAGAAAUGAAAUGGCAAAUGUGAUAUUUUUUUAAUUACGUUUUAAUAACAUGAACUUUGAUUUAAAGUUUAUAAAUAGCUUACUUAUUAGCAUAUAACACACAACAACAAUGCAAAACUGUUAAAAGCAUUAAGUAAAUAGUAUUUGGCUAUAAUAUCAACAACAAUAAUAUAUUUAAGCAUUUAUGUACUAAUGGAAUAUAUAUAUAGUAGAGAGAAUGUUAGCAGGCAUUCGUUGUCAUAGAACCAAUUGAAGUACAACUUCAGAUGUCAUUAGCAGCUUCACUAACUUCAUGCCAAGAAUACUCCAUAUCCUCUGGCUUGGUGAAUCUGGAGCAAACAGCCAUACGCAAAAAGUAUACAUCAUUUAUUUUACUCGGCACCAUAUCACCCUUUAAACGGAAACAAACCAAACCCAUAUUUACAUCACCAACGAUUUCAAAACGAUUAUCGGCUCUGCAGAGAUCAGCAAACUGUGUAGCGUAACCACAGUGACGUCUUAUGUGUGCUUGUAGAUUUUGCACGCCAUACAAACGUAGUACAAACCACAA